UCUCGAUUCCUUUAGCUAAAUCAGCAAAACUACGGAACUGGAAGAUUCUUCUCCGGAAAAUUUAUUUUGGCGUGAAAUUGAAGCUUUGAUUAUGAAAUGACUCUCGCAGUUGUCUCUCGGUUCACGCUUUGGUCGAAUUGUAGUCGUUUUCUUCUGAAGAAAAUGUACCUAAGCAGCUCUGUGUCAGGGAUUUGGGCUAUAAUUGCCUCAGAUGAGAUGCUUGGAAACUAUUUUCAGAUAAACGGAAGUGAUCGAUUAUAUGCUGUAACAGUGGAAUGAGAACUAAUUCUGCAAGACUGUUUUGGAUAUGAUCGAGCUUUUUAUCUAAAUUGAUAAGAGAUGAAGCGAAGGAGCACUAAAAGCAAAUCUCACAGUCGAUGGAACAAAAAGCUUUUUGCCGUGCUUUUGCUGAGUUUUUGUUUUGGAUGUUUAGUUUUGAUGCAGACACGUUACAGUCAAAUUAGAAUGAUCCUUUCGUCGCCUCCUCCAUUUGUUCAGAGGCCCAAGAUCGCGUUUCUUUUUAUUGCACGGAACCGGCUUCCUCUGGACAGUGUAUGGGAUUCCUUUUUUCAGGGAGAAAGGUUGAACAGAUUUUCAAUUUUUAUCCAUGCUAGGCCUGGAUUUCUGUUCAAUAAGGCAACGACAAAAUCAGUAUACUUUUAUGGCCGCCAGAUCAAUGAUAGUAUACAGGUAGAUUGGGGAGAAGCAAGCAUGAUCCAGGCAGAGCGUAUUUUGCUGAAAAAUGCACUCAUGGAUCCAUUUAAUGAGCGAUUUGUUUUUCUAUCAGACAGCUGCUUGCCCUUAUACAGCUUCAGCUAUACAUAUGACUAUAUCAUGUCUACACCAAAUAGUUUUGUAGACAGCAGCUUUGCAGAUACAAAAGAAGGUCGUUACAAUCCGAAAAUGCAUCCUGUUAUUCCUGUUCAUAAUUGGAGGAAAGGAUCUCAGUGGGUUGUUUUAACCAGAAAGCAUGCUGAGGUUGUAGUGGAAGAUGAUUUGGUCUACCCAGUGUUUCAGCAGCAUUGCAGAAGGAAGUCACUACCUGAGUUUUGGCGGGACCAUCCUCUUCCUGUGGACGGUUCAAAGGAGCAUAACUGUAUACCUGAUGAACAUUAUGUUCAGACAUUGCUGGCACAAAAGGGACUUGAAGAGGAAAUAACUCGAAGAACAUUGACGCAUACUUCCUGGGAUCUUCCAUCCUCCAAAGUCCGUGAAAGACGUGGGUGGCAUCCAGUCACUUACAAAAUGUCAGAUGCUACCCCAGCAGUUAUUCAAUCAAUAAAGGACAUAGAUAACAUUUAUUAUGAGACUGAAUCUCGAAGAGAAUGGUGCAGCAGCAAAGGGAAGCCAGCGCGUUGCUUUCUCUUUGCAAGGAAGUUCACUCGGUCUGCUGGUCUCCGGCUCCUUAAUGAGUCUGUGUUGGGAGUUUCCAAUGAAGGGAUUGCCGAGGCAUAAUUUUUGGCGAGGUGCAUCUGUUGCAAGUUCUACCCAGUGAUAAUCCUAAUUUGAAAAUAUGUAAACUUCAGU